AUGGACUUCCUUAGCGUCUUUGGGCCCUCCACCGGCCUCCCCUUGCUCACCUAUGACCUUGUUUUGUGCUGCAUCACCCAGCACCCUCCAUGGCUGGACCAAGAUGUUACAGAUGAACAUCCUGCUGCCAAUCAGCUGCUAGCCUGCAUGGGGCCCAGUUAUUGCUGGGUGCCUCUGUUUUACUGUUCAGGAUGGUCUGUGGAGUGUAUCCCGGGCCCAGACCCGGCCUUGCAUGGGACCCAGACCAUCAGAGGCCAUUUUGAUGGUAACAACAGCCACACUGACGUGGUGUUAGAGGGUGAUGAAACAGCUGACGUUGCAGAGGAGAGGGAGGAACCAGAUGAGGAUGCCAUUUUCAUCUAUUUCAAAAAUGAAGUUGAACGAUCUGAAGAUGAGCAUCUAAAGACUAUUGAUGACGAAACCAAUGCUUUUUUGGACUAUAUGUUUGGACCUCGAGAUUCUCGUGUCAGAGGAUGGUUCAUGUUGGACUCUUACCUGCCUACCUUUUUUCUGACUGUCAUAUACCUGCUUUCAAUAUGGUUGGGUACCAAAUACAUGAAGAACAGACCUGCUCUUUCUCUCAGGGGUACCCUCACCUUAUAUAACCUUGGAAUCACACUUCUCUCUGUAUAUAUGCUGGUAGAGCUCAUUCUUUCCAGUUGGGAAGGAGGCUACAACUUACAGUGCCAAGAUCUCACCAGUGCAGGGAAAGCUGAUAUCCGGGUAGCCAAAGUGUUAUGGUGGUACUACUUCUCCAAAUUAAUAGAGUUCCUGGACACAAUUUUCUUUGUUUUGCGGAAAAAAAACAGUCAGAUUACUUUUCUCCACGUGUAUCACCAUGCCUCUAUGUUUAACAUCUGGUGGUGUGUUCUGAACUGGAUACCUUGUGGACAAAGUUUCUUUGGACCAACACUAAACAGCUUUAUCCACAUUCUUAUGUAUUCCUACUAUGGACUCUCUGUGUUUCCAUCUAUGCACAAGUAUCUUUGGUGGAAGAGAUACCUCACACAGGCUCAACUGGUCCAGUUCCUUCUCACCAUCACUCACACCAUGAGCGCUGUUGUCAGACCCUGCGGCUUCCCAUUCGGGUGUCUCAUCUUCCAGUCUUCCUACAUGCUCACCUUAGUGGUCCUGUUCUUGAAUUUUUAUGUCCAGACAUACCGGAAAAAGCCAAUGAAGAAAGUUGUAGAAGACCUACCUGCAGGGAAAGAAGUUAAAAACGGUAUUUCCAAAGCCUACUUCUCCACACUGAAUGGAGUGAUGGCCAAGAAAGCACAGUAG